UUCAAGAGAGCGUAUCAAGCGUGCAGUAACUGCCGUCGGCGAAAGGUGAAAUGCAUCAUGGAAUGCAAUGGUCAGGGACUUUUACAAGCAUCUUGUACAAGGUGCAGGAGAGAACUGCGCCAUUGCACAUUUAGUGCCGAAAGAAAUUCGCAAACCAACCCUCCAGACGCUGGGGAUGUGCAAAGGACUGUAAAUGUUAUCGAAGAUACACCGACCCACCCGGGUGAGGUGACAAGGCAAAGACCAAGGCAUGCAUCACCUGAAGACCUCAUUCAUGUACAAACUCAAGGAGAAACUACUGCGUCGGGUGGAUCGCGCAAACGACAGCGUCAAAGUCCAAGAAGUAUCACGAGCAGAGUAGUAUUCAACACGCCGGACACCGAAUCGCCGGGGCAAGAAAGAGAAUGCCAGCUCCCUCCCACAGGCCGCUCUACUCAGCAAAGUGGCCUCCCACCCAUUUCCGCUACGCAUGAACACAAUUUGAGGCCUGAAACAUAUAUCCGUUCCAAUAAUAUCAGCUCAAGAGCGCCGGAUCCAACAGAGGGCGUGAAUAUCAAUGUCCAAUUAACAAACCGACAUUCUAGUUCUACGGAACGUGUCAUCACAUCGGAACCCUGGCUUGCUGUUCGCCACCCACUCUCAUCCUCGUCCCCGGAUACGGAGCGCCUUUGGAGCUCAUGGCAUUUUGUGAGAACCGGUCUGAUCACUGCACAAGAAGCUGUCACGUACAUUGAUCUAUUUUUUAAAAACAUGAAUAGCAUGUCUCCAAUCCUCCACCCUUUCUAUAGCGAUCAUACGAAGCACGGUGACCUCAUCUCUAGAGAGCCUGUGCUUUGCUGCGCCAUAAUUGCUCUUUCGGCACGGUAUCAUAUAUUGGAUGUGAACGGGGCCGUUAUACGGGGUUUUUAUAUCCAUGACCGCUUGUGGGAACAUUGCCAGUCGUUGUUUCAACGCUUGGUUUGGAAUCAACGGCGAGCGAUCAAAGAACAAAUGGCUCACCUAGGCACAAUUGAGAGCCUUUUGUUGGCUGCGGAAUGGCACCCGCGCUGUGUCCAUCUUCCUAUGGAGACUGAAUACUGGCAGCCAGAUAUGGCUCUCUCCGAUGAUGAGCAGACGACAUGUCAUAGCAAAGGUUUGAAAUGCCGCAUUUUGCCAAACAAAUGGCUUCGGGAAGUUGAAGAAGCCGCUCAGAGAUCAGAUCGCAUGUCUUGGAUGCUCCUUGGGAAUGCUUUAUCUCUGGGUCACGAACUAGACAUCUUUUCCGAUCAAGACGAUCCCCCGGCAGAUGUUCUUGACUCAGCGUCUGAAAUGUCAUUCGCAAAUUUCCUUCGUCUCCGGCGCCACCGAGUGGGUAAACUUUUAUUCGUAUAUAUAAGCCAGCUUGCUUCACGAAUUGGUUGCUCCUUACCAAGGACGCCGUUUCAUGACAGUGUGUUGUCCUCAUUACGAAAUCCCGAAUCGAGUUUGGACCAUGAGUGGCACGAGUACAUGACUUUAUGGAUAGAACUGAGCCGACUAAUAAGAUCUUCAUCCGAUUUCCUCUUUCCUUCGAAGAAAGUAACGCAGGAGCUCCUAAGAAGCGGUCGGUAUGCAGCUUUUCUGGGGCAUUUUCGUCCGCUACUUUCACAGUGGUGGGACAGGUUCAAGACGCAUGCAAGUAAGAAAAUUUUCCGAGCUCUCAUACUGGUUGACUAUCAUUUUGUGCGUGUCUAUAUCAACUCCCUGGCGUUGCAAGCCGUUGCGGGACGAAUGUGGAAAGAUGACGGGCGAAUGAGAAAUCUGCAGCUUAAAGAUAGCCAAGAUUCCGACUUUGUUCGUGAAGUUAUCGAUGCCAGCAGCAGGGUCCUAGAGAUGGUGAUCGAACUAUCUCGAGAUGGCAACUUGAAAUACCUGCCUGCCCGGAUAUUCAUUAGGGUUGCUUCCGCCUCGAUGUACUUGAUUAAUGCUCUAGCGCUGGGUGUACGCGGUAAUGAGUUGGACCGGUUGUUAGGUCUGUUAGAUCGUACGGUUGAAGCGCUGUGCCUGAACUCCGUUGAUGAUGUACAUCUCGGCUUCCGGUACGCUGUAUUACUGAAAGAAAAUACAAAAGGUCUCCGGGAACGGUUCAUCCGGGUCAAUCCCCCACCU